AUGGUCACCGCUGGCAUGUCUGUCUGUGUGUUUGUGAAGUUACCGGUGUCUAUGGAGGAGGUGAUGGAUUUGUUGAAUGAGGUCAGCCAGCAGCUUGAAGAUGUUGGUGAGAUGUGUGAAGAUCAGGUGGACUAUCCUGUGACAUCCAGCCCCGGGCAGCCCGCUGAAGGCCAUGUCAGAUUCUCCACUCCUUCCCCAUCCAAGAGUGCGACGUCUCCGUCCAAAAGAUCUGUGUUCUCCCCCAAAACACCACCUCACUGGGUGGAGGACCAGAAGUCACUGCUGCAGAUAUUAUGCCAGCAGGUCGAGGCCUUGAAGGUCAGUCCGACACCAACAGCUGCAGAAGAAUCCAUCACUUUCUUUGCUUUUGCUUUGGCACCGUGUGAAUUUACCUUCUGA